CUUGUUAAGAGUGUGACCGAUGCUCGCACUUGACCGUGAAACAUUCGACGAAGCAACGAACGACAAAAGGCAACAAAACCAAAACAAUGUGAACGAAAAUGAAAGCGAAACGUGGAGUCCAAUUGAUUGUGGAGUUCCAUUUGGUUCCGCACUGGGCAAUCAUCGUAUCAUAUCGUGUGCCCCAGCAACUGAACCGGCUUCCAGCUGAUGCUGAGGUGGAGUCCAAGACGAGACGGAGAGGCUGUAACGGCGGAGGGAGGCACUUGAGGGCUGGGGCUUGAGUGGCGCAUGUUAAAGCUUGCGCUUGCAAAUCCCAAGCUCUCCUCUGCCGUGGAGCUCUGUGGCUUUUGUUACCGUUUUGCUGGUAUCGGUGCUGUCAUUCGGAUUCGGAUUCCGAUUCGGUUUCCGUUUGCUGUUUGCUGGCAAACAAAGUGCCGGUCAUUGUUUGGAUUUGCGCUGGCGCCGCGACGCUCAGCGCCGCACGGCAAACAUUAGAGCGUAUAAAUAUGCCGACAAAUUGCGACUAUUAAUCAUUCGACCCAUAGAUUCCACCGACAAAACAAUUAGCUUGGAGAUCUAUACCCAAAAUGAAACUUUUCAUUGCGUGCAUCUUCAUUGCCGCAGCGACGGCUGCAGUGAUUCCUGUCGAACAAGCCAGGCACCGUCGCGACGUCUCCGAGAUCGUGAACGAGUACGUCCCGCCAGCAGAGGAAGUUGCCCUCGAUGCUCCCCUCGGGGACAUCGCCCAAGACUCUGCUCUCGUGGGAGAAGAUGGAUACCGCUACAAGACAGUGCGACGACUAAAGCUGCGUCAUCGUCGUGAUGUGUCCGAGAUCGCCAACGAUUACCUGCCCCCAUCUGAAGAAGUUGUCACCGAGGCCGCCAUUGAGGAAGCUCCCGUUGAGGAAGCGAGCCAAGACUCUGCCGUUCUCGCCGCCGAUGGAUACCAAUACAAAACGGUCCGUCGCCUCAAGUACCGUCAGCGUCGUGACGUUUCGGAGAUCGCCAACGAUUACCUGCCACCAUCUGAAGAAGUUGUCACCGAGGCCGCCAUUGAGGAAGCUCCCGUUGAGGAAGCCAGCCAAGACUCUGCUGUUCUCGCCGCCGAUGGAUACCAAUACAAAACGGUGCGUCGUCUCAAGUACCGCCAGCGUCGUGAUGUCUCUGAGAUCGCCAACGAUUACCUGCCCCCUUCUGAGGAGGUUGCUGUCGAUGCCCCCGUUGAGGAAGUUCCCGUCGAAGAGGCCAGCCAGGAUUCCGCUGUUCUUGCCGCCGAUGGAUACCAGUACAAGACUGUGCGCCGCCUGAAGUACCGCCAGCGUCGUGAUGUGUCCGAGAUUGGCAACGAUUACCUGCCCCCAUCUGAAGAAGUUGUCACCGAGGCCGCCAUUGAGGAAGCUCCCGUUGAGGAAGCCAGCCAGGAUUCCGCUGUUCUUGCCGCCGAUGGAUACCAAUACAAAACGGUGCGUCGUCUCAAGUACCGCCAGCGUCGUGAUGUCUCUGAGAUCGCCAACGAUUACCUGCCCCCUUCUGAGGAGGUUGCUGUCGAUGCCCCCGUUGAGGAAGUUCCCGUCGAAGAGGCCAGCCAGGAUUCCGCUGUUCUUGCCGCCGAUGGAUACCAGUACAAGACUGUGCGCCGCCUGAAGUACCGCCAGCGUCGUGACGUUUCGGAGAUCGCCAACGAUUACCUGCCCCCAUCUGAAGAAGUUGUCACCGAGGCCGCCAUUGAGGAAGCUCCCGUUGAGGAAGCCAGCCAAGACUCUGCUGUUCUCGCCGCCGAUGGAUACCAAUACAAAACGGUGCGUCGUCUCAAGUACCGCCAGCGUCGUGAUGUCUCUGAGAUCGCCAACGAUUACCUGCCCCCUUCUGAGGAGGUUGCUGAUUCCGCUGUUCUUGCCGCCGAUGGAUACCAGUACAAGACUGUGCGCCGCCUGAAGUACCGCCAGCGUCGUGAUGUGUCCGAGAUUGGCAACGAUUACCUGCCCCAUCUGAAGAAGGUCACCGAGGCCGCCAUUGAGGAAGCUCCCGUUGAGGAAGCCAGCCAAGACUCUGCUGUUCUCGCCGCCGAUGGAUACCAAUACAAAACGGUGCGUCGUCUCAAGUACCGCCAGCGUCGUGAUGUCUCUGAGAUCGCCAACGAUUACCUGCCCCCUUCUGAGGAGGUUGCUGUCGAUGCCCCCGUUGAGGAAGUUCCCGUCGAAGAGGCCAGCCAGGAUUCCGCUGUUCUUGCCGCCGAUGGAUACCAGUACAAGACUGUGCGCCGCCUGAAGUACCGCCAGCGUCGUGAUGUGUCCGAGAUUGGCAACGAUUACCUGCCCCCAUCUGAAGAAGUUGUCACCGAGGCCGCCAUUGAGGAAGCUCCCGUUGAGGAAGCCAGCCAGGAUUCCGCUGUUCUUGCCGCCGAUGGAUACCAAUACAAAACGGUGCGUCGCCUGAAGUACCGCCAGCGUCGUGAUGUGUCCGAGAUCGCCAACGAUUACCUGCCCCCUUCUGAGGAGGUUGCUGCUGAGGCACCCCUUGAGGAAGCUCCCGUUGAGGAAGCGAGCCAAGACUCUGCCGUUCUUGCCGCCGAUGGAUACCAAUACAAAACGGUGCGUCGCCUGAAGUACCGCCAGCGUCGUGAUGUGUCCGAGAUCGCCAACGAUUACCUGCCCCCAUCUGAGGAGGUUGUGACUGAGGCCCCUCUGGAAGAAGCUCCCGUUGAGGAAGCCAGCCAAGACUCUGCUGUUCUCGCCGCCGAUGGAUACCAAUACAAAACGGUGCGUCGCCUGAAGUACCGCCAGCGUCGUGACGUUUCGGAGAUCGCCAACGAUUACCUGCCCCCUUCUGAGGAGGUUGCUGCUGAGGCACCCCUUGAGGAAGCUCCCGUUGAGGAAGCCAGCCAGGAUUCCGCCGUUCUCGCGGCUGAUGGAUACCAAUACAAAACGGUCCGUCGCCUCAAGUACCGUCAGCGUCGUGACGUUUCGGAGAUCGCCAACGAUUACCUGCCCCCAUCUGAAGAAGUUGUCACCGAGGCCGCCAUUGAGGAAGCUCCCGUUGAGGAAGCCAGCCAGGAUUCCGCUGUUCUUGCCGCCGAUGGAUACCAAUACAAAACGGUGCGUCGCCUGAAGUACCGCCAGCGUCGUGAUGUGUCCGAGAUCGCCAACGAUUACCUGCCCCCUUCUGAGGAGGUUGCUGCUGAGGCACCCCUUGAGGAAGCUCCCGUUGAGGAAGCGAGCCAAGACUCUGCCGUUCUUGCCGCCGAUGGAUACCAAUACAAAACGGUGCGUCGCCUGAAGUACCGCCAGCGUCGUGAUGUGUCCGAGAUCGCCAACGAUUACCUGCCCCCAUCUGAGGAGGUUGUGACUGAGGCCCCUCUGGAAGAAGCUCCCGUUGAGGAAGCCAGCCAAGACUCUGCUGUUCUCGCCGCCGAUGGAUACCAAUACAAAACGGUGCGUCGCCUGAAGUACCGCCAGCGUCGUGACGUUUCGGAGAUCGCCAACGAUUACCUGCCCCCUUCUGAGGAGGUUGCUGCUGAGGCACCCCUUGAGGAAGCUCCCGUUGAGGAAGCCAGCCAGGAUUCCGCCGUUCUCGCGGCUGAUGGAUACCAAUACAAAACGGUCCGUCGCCUCAAGUACCGCCAGCGUCGUGAUGUCUCUGAGAUCGCCAACGAUUACCUGCCCCCAUCUGAGGAGGUUGUGACUGAGGCCCCUCUGGAGGAAGUUCCUGUAGAAGAAGCCAGCCAGGACUCUGCUGUUCUCGCGGCUGAUGGAUACCAAUACAAAACGGUGCGUCGCCUGAAGUACCGCCAGCGUCGUGACGUUUCGGAGAUCGCCAACGAAUACCUGCCCGCAGCUGAGGAGGUUGUGACUGAGGCACCCGUUGAGGAAGUUCCAGUGGAGGAAGCCAGCCAGGAUUCCGCCGUUCUUGCCGCCGAUGGAUACCAGUACAAGACUGUCCGUCGUCUGAAGUACCGUCAGCGUCGUGAUGUGUCGGAGAUCUCGAACGAUUACCUGCCCGCAGCUGAGGAGGUUGUUGCCGAUGAGGCUCCCGUUGAGGAGGUUGCCCAGGACUCUGCCGUGCUCGGCGAUGCUGGCUACCAGUACAAGACUGUGCGACGCCUGAAGCUGCGCCACCGUCGUGCCCUGUAAGCACCUUUAAGAACUGUACCUGCGGCUCGUUCACGACUCGAAUCAUUCCCCCAUUAUAACCCCCUCCGCCCCACCAAGAACCACCCACUAUUAGGCUUUAAGUCAGAAGGACUUCUGUUUGCUAUUGUUUAACGAUUGAAAUCAACGAAAUAAAUCCAACGAAAAUUGUUAUAAUAUA